UUUACAUGCGGAGGAAUCUCCGCUAGCGACCCUGUUAAGCCUGAUUUAGCCACAAUAAACGCUACGUUUUCCACCUAAUUGACCUAAUAGGUGUCAGCCAUGGGGAAGUCGUUUGCGAAUUUCAUGUGUAAGAAGGAUUUCCACCCUGCCUCGAAGUCAAAUAUCAAAAAGGUAUGGAUAGCAGAACAGAAACUGACCUUCGAGAAGAAGAAGCAAGAAGAACUUAUGCAGGCGUACAUGAAAGAGCAGGAUUCUUACAACAACAGGUUGUUGAUGGGGGAUGAUCGCGUUAAAAAUGGCCUAAAUUUCAUGUACGAGGCUCCACCUGGAGCAUCCAAAGAGGAAACAAAAGAGGAGGGGGAAGACGAGUACAAAUUUGAGUGGCAGAAGGUGGCUCCUCGAGAGAAGUAUGCCAAGGAUGACAUGAACAUUAGAGAUCAGCCAUUUGGAAUCCAGGUGCGCAACGUGCGAUGCAUCAAAUGUCACAAAUGGGGCCAUGUGAACACAGACCGAGAGUGUCCUCUCUAUGGGCUGUCGGGUAUCAAUGCCAGCUCUGUGGCAUCAGAGGAGGCAGCAGGUCCGUCGAUGCACCCCUCGGAGUUAAUGGCGGAGAUGCGAAACAGUGGGUUUGCCCUGAAAAAAUGUGUCCUUGGUAGGAAUGCUACUGUUUGUGAUCCAUCGCAGGAAUUUGUUGCCAGUGAUAAAGAGGAAGAUCCCGAGGUGGAAUUUCUUAAGUCAUUAACGACUAAGCAGAAACAGAAGCUCCUCAGAAAGCUCGAUCGCCUGGAAAAGCAGAAGGCCAAGAAAAAGAAGAGCAAAAAGCAGAAGAAGAAGAGCAAAAGAAAGCACAAGAAAAAGCAUGAAAGUAGUGACAGCUCGAGUGACUCCUCCAGCAGCAGCAGCAGUAGCAGUAGCAAUAGUGGCUCCGAUUCAGACAGCCGUGGCAAGUUCAAGAGCCAAAAGAAGAACAAGAAAAAAGAUUCCUGUCGGGAUAACAGCUCUAAGAGCGAGCGCAGAGUCAAGAGUCAGAAAAAGGCCUCCUCUCACAGAAGCAGGUCACCGAGCCCUCACACUGGACAGAAGCGGCCUGAAGAGGAGUCCGGAGAUUAUAGACAAACAAGGACGGAGAGGGGAAGGAGCAGGAGUCGAAAUCACAGCCCGGCGAACAAGAUCAAGCCGGAGGGAGGUCAAGAGAGAAAGAGACACAACAGCAGGGACAGGCAGAGACCUAGCAGCUCCAAGUCUGGCUUGGACAGAAGUAGGAGCCGCGAGAGAGGCAGGGAGGACAGAGGUAAAGAUGGGCGUCACAGUAGAGAUGGUGAGAGGAACAGAAGUAGCACAGAUGGAAGGAGAGGCAGAACAGCAGAUGGGAGGAGCAGAAGCAGGGAAAGGAGGAAAGAAAGGGAGGGCAGGGGAAGAAGUAGGAGUAGAGAGAGAAGAGAGAGGAGCCAAGACAGAGCCAAAAGAAAGCACUGACUGUUUUCUGUUGUAUCUUACAAUAUUGGGCAAAACGUGUUGAAUGUUUUCAUUUUUUUUUUUUUUUUUUUGAAAUGACUGUUAAAUAGUAUUCAUAAUUAUCACACUGUCUCUCUACUUAACAUCGCAGAUAUGUCCAGUAGUAGCCCUUUUUGUCCAGUAGAGGGACGCAGUGCACAGAUAAUGUGGAGCCGCAGCUCGUUGCACCCUUGUGUUGUCUUCUGUAUAAAAGGCUCUAAAUUAAUUGAUUACCAUUGGAUGCAAUUUGUAGCUAUGAUCCGCUGAUGAGAAAAUAUUGGAGUCAUUUUAAUGGUCAGUUGGCCGCUAGAAAGAUUAUUCCUGUUGCUGCAGGGUUUUUUUUUUCUUUUUUGCUUUCAUUAAUGUGUCGACAUUGUAAGAUGUGAUGAUGAGACGGCUGUUGAUUCUCACAAAAAAAUGAGUAUUUAAUUUCUGAUUAAAUUUUUAAUCAUCUCGA